CCUCUGCAUGAAGUGUAGUAAUAAAACAAAGCAAAAUUAAAUUGCCAGCCUACUACACACACCAACGAUAAAUAAGCACAUUCACAAGACACACAAAACUGCUAUGGGCAUGAGCAGGUUGGCGCUGUGGCAUUAGCAUUUGUCCCCUCAAACAAAAACUUCUCCAAGAUCAUAUUUUUACGUCAGGUUCUAAAAAAAAUAGUCACGUGUUGCAGGUUUAAUCUAAAAUCUCAAAUACUCAAGUGCUCUGUGUGGCUUUGUAAAUGUUAAUCUCUCACCAAACUUUUCUAAAUAUUCCUAUUUUUGUCCUGAUUUAGUGAUACUUUCCAUUGGACACACACAGGUAAUAGUAGAGUGUAGAUAACACUUAACCGGUUUCUUAGAUAUCUUUGUUGCUUUCUUUCACCACAGACCCCUGGUGAACUAAAUUGUGUUCUAAAAAUAGAAAUGUAGCUUGGAAGGAAAUUUAGCUCAUGAGUUAAGCAGCCAAUCAGAUGAAGUCUCUAUCACAAAAGACCUGGUGCUUUCAUCAUCUGACAACUUUUCAGCAGAUCGACCUGAAUGUUAUUUCCCCUCUGAAGAUGACACCAAUGUGGAUACUUGUCUUAUCGUUGAACAUAAUAACUCCAUCACAAUCUGUGGAUUUUUCCAGACCAUCAUUUCUCUCAGUGAAGUCUGGAGAACGUGUUACUCUUAAAUGCCACAUUGGAGAUAUUCGUUUCGCGGAAAGUGUGUUUUGGUACAAACAAACAUUUGGAGAAAUGCCUCAAAAAGUGGGAGACAGAUUAGCAUAUAAGGAUGCCAAAAUGUCCCCCAUGUUCAAGGCGUCAGGAUUUAUAAUGGAGGUGAAUGAUAACAGCAUUUCUCUGACAAUUCCACAUAUAAAAAUAGAACAUGGAGGACUUUACUCCUGUGCAAAAUGUUACAUGGACGAUGUUACAUUAUCCAGUGGAACUCUCUUGGUUGUAACAGGUGAUGAAGAUGUAAAAGUGUCAGUGUUCCAGAGCGGCAUGUCGGACUCGGUUCCUGCAGGAGCGUCAGUGACUCUGCAGUGCUCGGUUCUCUCUGAGAGCAGAUCAGCAGAACUCCAAGUGCUCUGGUUCAGAGCUGCUCCACCACAAUCCCAUCCUCAAAUCAUUUACACUCAUCACAACAGCAGCCAUCAGUGUGAGAGCGGCUCUUCUACACACACCUGUGUGUACAACUUCUCCAAGAACAUCCUCAGCCUCAAUGAUACUGGAACUUACUACUGCGCUGUGGCCAUGUGUGGGAAGAUCAUUUUUGGGAACGGGACACGAGUACAGUUGGCUACAGGAGAAUCUGUGGAUCCUGUAGUGAUCUGCCUCGCCAUAGCUUUGGGAGUGUGUGUGGUUGUGAUCGUUGCUCAUAUCGUAACCUGUAAAUGGAGGAACUGUGAAUGUUGCAUAGUGAGAUCUGAAGAUACGGUAGUGAAGGAAACACAGAAUCAGAGCCGUGAUGCAGUGGAGCUGAAUUUUGCUGCCUUACACAUCAAUAAAAGAAGAGGAAAGAGAGAACGAGCUCGUGAUAAUGUGUAUACUGAAGUCAUUUACUCUUCUGUUUCUUAGAUAAUAUGUUCACCCCGUGUCCUUAUGGGUUUCCUCUAGGUUCUCUGGUUUCCUCCGCCCAGGUGAAGAUAAAUUGUCCCUAGGUGUAAAUGAGUCUGUGUGUUCAUGGUGCUUUCUGAAUAUAAUAUAAUAUAAUAAAAAUUCAAUGUUGCAUGAAGACAUUAAAGUUUGCAGUUGUCAGAGCUCUGUGAGUUUUGCCUUUUAUGGACUUUGUAGUCAUGACUAAAUGUACUAAAUGUUAUGAGUCCUGGGAACACGCUUGCUAUUUAUGAGUGAUUUAGCAUUUAGCAACAUACGCACAUGACUAUGAAGGAAACCUCGCUAAACUUUUUGUAAAUCUGGCAGGAGUUUUUAGCUCAGUUCGGCCAAUGAAAACAUUUUUACACUUUAGUAAAAGACAAAUGAGGCCCACUGACUGUUUUGUGGUUUAUUGUGAUUCUGCAGCACUGUGUGUAUUGUCAAUGCAGUUAUCUCAUGCCCAGUGUAACGCUGGUGUAACUGAACACACCACAAGCUGAUAGUAGAGUAGGCCAACCACAAGGCCUUGCUAAAAGGAACAUCGUUCUCUCUGUUAUGAUCCUUCAGUAUAUUGUUUGUGCAGGUCUGUGGAAUGAGGUUAUGAGCUAUAUUUUUUUGCUCACCUAAAACUGAGUCAUCUGCCUUCAAAGGUACCAUGUUUUAAAUUGUUUACCGUGUCUAGAUUUAUAUGAUAUUCUGAUCUCUUGUCUUAUAUUCAUCUUUUGAUCUCAAACUCAAAUGUUGGAGGGAUAAAAUUCAGAAAAUCUAACGUCUUGUACAGUACAAUUCAUUUAACGAGGUCAAUACAAUUUAUUUUAAUGUAAUAAAAUAUAUAGGGAAGGAUACCCAUUCACACUUCAACCCCCUCCCGCCCCUCCCCCAUGGUCAAGUGAAAUCUAUGCCCAUGCUCCUAUUAUGUUAGAAAAUAAAGUUACAUCCAUUAUGUUAUAGGCCAAAAUGACUUCCACAGAUUAAAUACACACAAAUAUAACAAACAACAGCUUAAAACUGUAAACCUUUAUUAGGGUGUGUCAAGACAAGCCAUAAGAAGAAAUAUUUGAAUAUAUGUGGAUAUAUGACCCAAAAUGAGGAAAGUCCAAACAUUUCAAAGAGAAAAAGAGAGAAUAACCAAUAUUUCAGAUAUCUCAAAUGUGGAAAUGGGUGGAAGUGUAAAUUUACAACAGUGUUUCCCAAGGAAGUUUAAUGUUAAUAUUACACUCUUAUAACCAAUAAUUUGGCAAUGUUUUAUUUAUUUAUUUAUUAUUUGUUAAAGAAAUGCCAUGUUUUAUCCGUUUAUAGUUACAUUUACUAUAACAUUCUGGAACAGCCACAAUACAAGAUAGUUCUUGUUAUCACUUACCUGACUGACCCCAACUCCUAAGAAGCUGGCAUAUGUGAAGUGUGUGUGUAUAUAUGACAAAUAAAGGC